AUGGUUCACGCAAUUCCACCUACCAUGCCGUCGGCGACUUAUGCCUCGAUGGUGUCCCGCCCCCGCAGAGGCACAUAUCAAGAGAUCCCGGUGUCCUCGACUUCCCACCCAGAUAACCCAAUCCCGGAAGAGCCCCGAGGCGUGCGCUCGCUCUCAGUGACUGAUAUCAACUUCAAUGUCCUCUCCUCCAGCUCCUCACAAGACACUGAAUCGACCGGCUCAGAUUCUCCCAAUACCCCUCUGACACCACCCAGCGAGUCCAACUUGGAGGAAGAACCUACAGAUGAAAAGACUGAUGUUCCGCAACGGCGACGAGCCUCGACCGUUCUCAUCUCCCAGAAUGCGAACGAUAUGAGAAGGGUGCUGCAGAAUGUGGGCGCAACAGGCACUCAGAAGCUUCAAUCUCUCUGUUGUGGUGGAGGUUGUUGCAAGGGCCAAGUAUUGCGUCCUGUAGAUGGACCAAUCUCAGGCUUCAAUGCUAUUGCUGGGCCUAUCGGCAACAAGGCUUUCGAUAGCCUCAACCUUAACCUGGAUCUCCUUACCAUGGACAGUGACCUUUCCAACAUUGCCCCGCUCCCAGAGAAGACCGUUUCAUUCAAGCCGAUUCCCGCAUCGGCGGUUGAUAUGACCCUGGGUCCUGCAGACCACCCACCAUCAUUUGUGCAACCGCAUCCACCUUAUUCGGUCUACCGUGCGCCUCUGUUCCACGCCCGUGAGUUGACAGGGGCUGGCGCCGAGAAGCGCACCUACCACUUUGAUAUCGACGUCACUGAUUAUCCCGCCGAAAGCGGGAUGGUCGACUUCGUCGUUGGCGGUGCGAUUGGCGUGUGUCCCAAGAACAAGGACUCAGAAGUCGAAGACGUCCUCAAUCUUCUGGGUGUGCCAAAGUCCAUGCGUGACAAGAAGGUCAUCAUGCGCACAACCAACGGCCGCUGGCCUACAAUUUGGGGCGAUGAUAAGGCCCGCGAGCUGAUCACCACCCGACGUGAAGUCCUCAGCUGGUGCUCCGAUAUCCAGAGUUACGCCCCCACGAAGCCUCUCUUCCGCCUCCUCGCCGAGCACACCAGCGAGCCAAACGAAAAGAAAAUCCUCGAAUAUCUCUCCUCCGCUCAAGGCCAAGGUGCCUUCUGCGACCUCCGCACAAGCUCCUUCGUCUCCCUCAGCCAACUCCUAACCGCCUUCCCUUCUUCCCAACCACCCCUCGACCACCUCCUCUCCGUCCUCAACACUCUCAUGCCCCGCUUCUACUCCCUCUCUCAAGACCCCCAGAUCUCCUGCAAAUACAAGGGCAACGAAUGCCGCCGCCUAGUCGAAGUCGCCGUCACAGUCGCCGAAUCCGCCGAUUGGCGCGGCGGAUCACGCACAGGCGUCAGUUCCGGCUACCUCGAGUCCCUCGCCCGGCAAGCCAUUGCCGCCGAAGCCAAGGGCGAGAAACUCGAUCUCCACAUCCCCAUGUUCCGCGGCCUGAUGGCCAACCCCCUCGCUACACGUUUCGCGUCCGAUGGCCCGAUGCUGCUGAUCGGUGCGGGCGUUGGUAUCGCGCCUUUCCGUGGCUUUGUGCAGCGCCGACUUCAGUCAGCCAACUGCGCCAACAAGGUCUGGGUGCUGCAGGGCGUGCGCGACUCACUGCUUGAUGAGCUUUACUCUGGCGAGUGGGGCGUGCAUGAGGACAAGGUGCGGACUGUUGUGCAGAGCCGGACGGGCGAAAGUCGAUAUGUGCAGGAGGAGGUUCGACACCAAGCCGAUCUUGUUUGGUUCGUGAUCAACUCGCUGGAUGGCCGUGUGUUCGUUUGUGGUUCCGGCAAGGGUAUGGGUGAAGGUGUCGAGGCUGCUCUUAUCGAUGUCGCUAUGGCGAAGGGAAAUCUCAAUGCCCAGGAAGCCGAUAUGUUCUGGCAGCGCAAGAAGGAGGCUGGACAGUACAUUGCUGUGGUUUGGAUUUGA